AUGGAGCAAGAAAAGGACAUCGCAAAGGCCCCUUCGCUGGACUACGAAACCGGCAAGUCCAGCUUCCUCGACGAAGAUGCCAUGAAGCUCGCCGAGAUGGGCUACACCCAGGAUAUGAAGCGCAACUUCUCUGUCUGGUCCGUCUUGGGUGUGGGAUUCUCUCUCACCAACUCCUGGUUCGGUAUCUCCGCAGCCAUGAUUACUGGUAUCAAUUCAGGAGGACCGCUUUUGAUCAUCUACGGCAUCAUCCUUAUUGCGCUCAUCUCGACCUGUGUCGGUAUCUCGCUGUCUGAGCUGGCGAGUGCCUUGCCGAAUGCUGGAGGCCAGUAUUUCUGGGCGAACGAGUUGGCUCCGAAGCGAUAUGCCAAUUUCGCGUCCUACCUCACUGGAUGGUUUGCGUGGACCGGGUCUAUCUUCACCUCUGCGUCUGUGGCUUUGGCUAUGGGUAGCGCAUUGGUAGGAUGCUGGCAGCUUGGCCAUCCUGAUUUCGUGAUCAAGCCAUGGCAUGUGUUCGUCGCGUAUCAAAUCACGAACAUAUUUUGCUUCUUCUUCAACUGCUACGGAAAAACCCUGCCCAAAGUCGCAACCUUCACCCUUUGGAUCUCCCUUGUCUCCUUCUUCGUCCUCCUUGUCGCAGUACCUGCCUCAGCACCUACCCACCAGCACGCCAAAUUCGUCUUCGCCACCUUCAUCAACAACACGGGCUGGAGCCAGAACGGCAUUGCCUUUAUUGUGGGUCUCGUCAACACUAACUGGGCUUUUGCGUGUCUAGACUGCGCAACGCAUAUGGCGGAAGAGGUACAUAAGCCGGAGCGCAUGAUCCCCAUUGCCAUCAUGGGCACCGUCGCCAUCGGUUUCGUCACCUCCUGGUUCUUCUCCAUCUCCAUGUUCUUCUCCAUUGUUGGCGACUUCUCGGACAUCGCUGGAACCUCCACCCUUGUACCCAUCUUGGAGCUCUUUUACCGUGCCUUCAGCGAAAACACCGCUGGUGCCAUCUUCGCUGAGAUCCUAAUCAUCCUGACUGGAUAUGGCUGCUUGAUUGCGAGCCACACAUGGCAGAGCCGGUUGUGCUGGAGCUUUGCGCGUGAUAGAGGUCUUCCGGGGCACCAGUGGUUGUCGAAGGUCCACCCAACGCUCGGUGUGCCUGUGGUCGCCCAUUUCGUUAGUUGCGCGUGGGUAGCUGCCGUGGGUUGCUUGUAUUUGGGAUCCUACACUGCCUUCAACUCCAUGGUCACAGCCUGCAUCGUCCUCCUCUACGUCUCAUACGCCAUCCCAGUCGUCUGCCUCCUGAUCAAGGGCCGCGACAACAUCCAGCACGGCCCCUUCUGGCUCGGCCCUAUCGGCCUCUUUUCGAACAUUGUCCUCCUGGCCUGGACCCUGUUCACGAUCAUCAUGUACAGCUUCCCAUAUGCCAAGCCCGUGCUUGCUAGCAACAUGAACUAUGUCAGUGCCGUGUAUGGCGUCGUCAUCACGCUCAUGACUACUGACUGGGUUGUGCGCGGACGUAAGAGCUACAGAGGUCAGGAAAGUCGGCAUGCCGAGGUCGAGGAUGUUGUCCGAAGGGAGAGCGUGGGAUAAUAGUCCUUGGUGGAUUGGCUUCCUUUUCAAAC